CUGUACUGCUCAUCGCUGCACUCCAUUCAACACACAGGUAAGCAAACUCUCUGCCUGGAUCACUGUGACAAUGCAGAGCAUCCUCACUGUCUAGUAUCUGCAUACAGAUUUGACUUUAUUAUGUCUUGAAUUGCCCCAAAUUCCAUGUUAUUCUAUGGAAGGGAUUGCAAGUUCAUGUCUAUCAUACAUUCUAUAACAGAAUCUUUAGAGAAAUUCCAACUUGUGGACAGGUGUUGAGUUGUAUUAAAUGUACUUUGUGUCUGAGAAUGUUUGAACAAUGACGGGAAAUGGUCAAGGCAGACUAUAUCCUUUGUACAGAGCUUACACUCUAUGGCUAAUGCUAGAAAAUAUGGAAAGUCAAAUGGUUGUCUGUAGGAAUACAGUUUAAGUCUUAGUUCUAUGUAAACCCUGUUAAAUACUAGGCAUAGAGAAUAAAUAAAUGUUUAUAAUAUCACAAUUGUUCAAGGGUGACCGUGGAGAAAAAAAACUGAUGGAAUUUGUAAAUACCUGUUCCAUCCAUAGCUUUGAUCCAAGGAGAGAUCUGACUGUCAUUCUGGGAUGAGGAACGGUUUUUGGUUUUCUAGUUUGUUGCAAAUUUAGAAAGCAGUGGGGGUUUUUUUGUCGCUGGACUUGAUGGAUGCUAGUCUUUUUUCAGCCUAUACAAAUACAUAAAUAGCUAAAUAGAAUAGCAAUUUAAACAAUAUCUGCAUUUAUGCAAUAAUAAUGAUUAUUUUUAUAAUUAUUAUAUAAUGGCAAAGAAAAGGUUUUUUUUACAGUAAGAGUAAUAAGGAUGUGGAAUUCGCUGCCUGAAGAAGUGGUUUUAUCAGAGUCCAUACAGAUGUUCAAACAGCUACUAGUUGCAUACUUGCAAAAACAGAAUAUUCAAGGAUAUAAUUUUUCAAUGUAGGGUAAUAACUGCUUGAUCCAAGUAUAAAUCUGACUGCCAUUCUGGGGUCAAGAAGAAAUUUUCUUCCUAGCUUGUUGCAAAAUUGGAAGUGCUUCAAACUGUUUGCUUUUUUUGCCUUCUUUUGGAUCAACAGCAAAAAACUAAUGUGAGGAAGGCUGAACCUGAUGUCUCUUUUCAGCUAUGUAACUAUGUAAUGGGGAAUUGUCACUUAUCAGAUUUUUUAAUGUUAUGUUUCCUUAUGCCUAUAUUUAACAAUUAUGUAUUUGUGAGUUAUUAAAUAACAAUAAAUGUAGAAGCCUAUUUAGGUUCUUCCCUCUUAGCUUGCCACCAAUCAUUGCUGUAAACUUUGUCUUGGGUACCAGUCAGCAUAAAGCAAGCAUACAGUGAUAGGAGAAAUUAAACCAUGUUUAUUUAUCUGAAAGGGAUAAUGUUGUAAUUCACUAAAUAUUUAUAAUAAAGGAACAGAGCAUCAGGUUAACACAAUUUAUAGAUGAUAUUCAAGGUUGAAAUUAAUGGGAUUAAGAAAAAAAUGCCUAAAUAUUUAAAUUUAUAAUUCCUCCCCUGCCCACUCAAAACUGUUCCCUAACCUCAUUUAGUCACUCCUCAUAACUCCUCCCUAACUGCUCCUAAUCACUCCUUAUAACUCCUCCACUAAUCACUCCUCAUAACACCUCCCUAAUUGCUUCUAAUCACUCCUUAUAACUCCUCCCUCACUGCUCCUCUAAUCACUCCUUAUAACUACUCCCUAACUGCUCCUCUACUAACUCCUCAUAACUCCUCCUUUUAUCACUCCUCAUAACUCCUCCCUAACUCCUCCACUAAUCACUGCUCAUAACACCUCCCUAACUGCUCCUAAUCACUCCUUAUAACCCCUCCCUAACUGCUCCUCUAAUCACUCCUUAUAACUCCUCCCUAAUUCCUCCUCUAAUCACUCCUUCCUAAUCCCUCCUCUAAUCACUCCCUAUAACUCCUCUUCUAAUCACUCUUUAUAACUUCUCCCUAACUCCUCCUCUUAUCACUCCUUAUAACUCCUCCCUAACUGCUCCUCUAAUCACUCCUCAUAACACCUCCCUAAAUGCUCCUAAUCACUCCUUAUAACCCCUCCCUAACUGCUCCUCUAAUCACUCCUUAUAACUCCUCCCUCACUGCUCCUCUAAUCACUCCUCAUAACUCCUCCCUACCUGCUCCUCUAAUUACUCCUCAUAACUCCUCCCUAACUCCUCCACUAAUCACUCCUCAUAACACCUCCCUAACUGCUCCUAAUCACUCCUUAUAACUCCUCCCUCACUGCUCCUCUAAUCACUCCUUAUAACUCCUCCCUAAUUCCUCCUCUAAUAACUCCUUCCUAAUUCCUCCUCUAAUCACUCCUUAUAACUCCUCCUCUAAUCACUCCUCAUAACUCCUCCCUAACUGCUUCUAAUCACUCCUUAUAACUCCUCCCUCACUGCUCCUCUAAUCACUCCUUAUAACUACUCCCUAACUGCUCCUCUACUAACUCCUCAUAACUCCUCCCUAACUCCUCCUCUUAUCACUCCUCAUAACUCCUCCCUAACCACUGCUCAUAACACCUCCCUAACUGCUCCUAAUCACUCCUUAUAACCCCUCCCUAACUGCUCCUCUAAUCACUCCUUAUAACUCCUCCCUAAUUCCUCCUCUAAUCACUCCUUCCUAAUCCCUCCUCUAAUCACUCCCUAUAACUCCUCUUCUAAUCACUCUUUAUAACUUCUCCCUAACUCCUCCUCUUAUCACUCCUUAUAACUCCUCCCUAACUGCUCCUCUAAUCACUCCUCAUAACACCUCCCUAAAUGCUCCUAAUCACUCCUUAUAACCCCUCCCUAACUGCUCCUCUAAUCACUCCUUAUAACUCCUCCCUCACUGCUCCUCUAAUCACUCCUCAUAACUCCUCCCUACCUGCUCCUCUAAUUACUCCUCAUAACUCCUCCCUAACUCCUCCACUAAUCACUCCUCAUAACACCUCCCUAACUGCUCCUAAUCACUCCUUAUAACUCCUCCCUCACUGCUCCUCUAAUCACUCCUUAUAACUCCUCCCUAAUUCCUCCUCUAAUAACUCCUUCCUAAUUCCUCCUCUAAUCACUCCUUAUAACUCCUCCUCUAAUCACUCCUCAUAACUCCUCCCUAACUGCUCCUAAUCACUCCUUAUAACUCCUCCACUAAUCACUCCUCAUAACACCUCCCUAACUGCUUCUAAUCACUCCUUAUAACUCCUCCCUCACUGCUCCUCUAAUCACUCCUUAUAACUACUCCCUAACUGCUCCUCUACUAACUCCUCAUAACUCCUCCCUAACUCCUCCUCUUAUCACUCCUCAUAACUCCUCCCUAACUCCUCCACUAAUCACUGCUCAUAACACCUCCCUAACUGCUCCUAAUCACUCCUUAUAACCCCUCCCUAACUGCUCCUCUAAUCACUCCUUAUAACUCCUCCCUAAUUCCUCCUCUAAUCACUCCUUCCUAAUUCCUCCUCUAAUCACUCCCUAUAACUCCUCUUCUAAUCACUCUUUAUAACUUCUCCCUAACUCCUCCUCUUAUCACUCCUUAUAACUCCUCCCUAACUCCUCCACUAAUCACUCCUCAUAACACCUCCCUAAAUGCUCCAAAUCACUCCUUAUAACCCCUCCCUAACUGCUCCUCUAAUCACUCCUUAUAACUCCUCCCUCACUGCUCCUCUAAUCACUCCUCAUAACUCCUCCCUACCUGCUCCUCUAAUCACUCCUCAUAACUCCUCCCUAACUCCUCCACUAAUCACUCCUCAUAACACCUCCCUGACUGCUCCUAAUCACUCCUUAUAACUCCUCCCUCACUGCUCCUCUAAUCACUCCUUAUAACUCCUCCCUAAUUCCUCCUCUAAUAACUCCUUCCUAAUUCCUCCUCUAAUCACUCCUUAUAACUCCUCGUCUAAUCACUCCUCAUAACUCCUCCCUAACUGCUUCUAAUCACUCCUUAUAACUCCUCCUCUAAUCACUCUUUAUAACAUCCUUUACAGCUACUGGAAUCAUUCCUUAUAACUCCUCUUCUAAUCACUCCUCCAUAACUCCUCCCUAAUUGCUCCUCUAAUCACUCCCUUAAACUCCUCUCUAAUUCUUCCUCUAAUCACUCCUUAUAACUCCCCCCUAACUCCUCCUCUAAUCACUCUUUAUAACAUCCUUUACAGCUACUGGAAUCAUUCCUUAUAACUCCUCUUCUAAUCAUUCCUUAUAAUUCAUUUCUAACUCCUCCUCUAAUCCACUCUUGUAAUUCCUCCCCUAACUGCUCCUCUAAUCACUCCUUAUAACUCCUCCUCUAAUCCUCCUUAUCACUCCUCCCUAACUGCUCCUCUAAUCACUCCUCAUAACUCCUCCCUAACUGCUCCUCUAAUCACUCCUUAUAACUCCUCCUCUAAUCACUCUUUAUAACAUCCUUUACAGCUACUGGAAUCAUUUCUUAUAACUCCUCUUCUAAUCACUCCUCAUAACUCCUCCCUAAUUGCUCCUCUAAUCACUCCUUAUAACUCCUCUCUAAUUCUUCCUCUAAUCACUCCUUAUAACUCCCCCCUAACUCCUCCUCUAAUCACUCUUUAUAACAUCCUUUACAGCUACUGGAAUCAUUCCUUAUAACUCCUCUUCUAAUCAUUCCUUAUAAUUCAUUCCUAACUCCUCCUCUAAUCACUCCUUGUAAUUCCUCCCUAACUGCUCCUCUAAUCACUCCUUAUAACUCACUCCUCUUCUAAUCACUCCUCAUAACUCCUCCCUAAUUGCUCCUCUAAUCACUCCUUAUAACUCCUCUCUAAUUCUUCCUCUAAUCACUCCUUAUAACUCCCCCCUAACUCCUCCUCUAAUCACUCUUUAUAACAUCCUUUACAGCUACUGGAAUCAUUUCUUAUAACUCCUCUUCUAAUCAUUCCUUAUAAUUCAUUCCUAACUCCUCCUCUAAUCACUCUUUAUAACAUCCUUUACAGCUACUGGAAUCAUUUCUUAUAACUCCUCCUUCUAAUCAUUCCUUAUAAUUCAUUCCUAACUCCUCCUCUAAUCACUCCUUGUAAUUCCUCCCUAACUGCUCCUCUAAUCACUCCUUAUAACUCCUCCCUAACUGCUCCUCUAAUCACUCCUUAUAACUCAUCCUUUACAGCUACUCGAAUCAUUCCUUAUAACUCCUCCUCUAAUCACUCCUCAUAACUCUUCCCUAACUCCUCCUCUAAUCACUCCUUACAACUCCUCCUUAAACAACUCACAGCUCCUCCCCAAAUAAUCUCUCCCAAAACUUUGUAUAGUUCCUAUAUUGAUACAAUAACCACUAAUAAUCACCAAAUGCUUUUCUAACUCAGUGAUUCACAAUAUUUUAGUUUACCAAGGAACAAUUCAAUAAGAUAAAGAAAACUCCAAAGCACACCUACUAUUUUUUUUUAUUUUUAUCUUUCAACAGUGGUUAUAAAAAUAUUGUUUACAUAUAUUUACUAAAAUAUCCUAACUUAAUAAAUAUUCAACUUUAAUUUGAAUUAAUUGCCAGAUGUGAAUCACAAUUUUUAUGCAAACACUUAUCAUAUUUAGGAUUUUAAGUACUACGUUCAAAUUAUUAUAGCAUUGAAGUUAGUGUGUUGGUGAUGCACUUUGAGAUAGCUAGCCCACUGAUUCUUUACUACUGUGCUUAGCCUCUAAAAUGACCAUGGGUUAUUUUAGUAUUAUCAGUAGUAUUUAUAUAGCGCCAACUUAUUCUGCAGCAUUUUACAGUUAUAAGAAGAGGAUAUUUUAAACCGUGAUCAAAUGAGCUUACAAUCUGUGAGGUUUUGAGAUAUGCAUAUAUAUAUCAUUAGGGAUCUUGCCAAAUAACACUUACUAGUAAGAUGAUCUGACUUGGAUUCAGGCGUUUCCAUGGUCUAGGGCAGUGAUAUUAACACUGGUGUAACCUCGACGGUUGAAACACAUACAUCAUAUUCAUCACAGCCCUGGCAAAUACCACAAUAAAUAGUUUCACCUAUAAUACUGCUUUCCCUAGUGUAAAGGAGACCAUUUUGGAACUGGGAAAAAAACUCUUAAGGAAAUUUCUGAAUAUAUAUGUGUGUUCUAGAUGUAGACAGACAUUGUUUACAAAGUUCUGAAAGAUUCCACUGUAAUCUCACAGUCUCUUGUCUCAUUAUAGGUUAAACAGCAACAUCAAAAAAUGUCAAACCUAAUGCAAGCAAUUAAAAGCAUCCUGGAGGUCUUCCGGAAGUACUCCCAAAGUCCCUGUCCUGGACAAAACCUCAAACCUGCAGAAAUGGAGCAGCUCAUACAGGAUGAGCUCUCUGAAGCAAUCAAGGUGAUUACAUAAAAAUAAUGUUAUGAGCCUGCACUGUUUUACUGUUUCCUUUUGCAAAGUUGGUCAAAUAAUAGUGAUUGGCUGUAUUAUGGUGGGAGUAAUGUAGUCUUCUGUUUCUCUAUCCCUUUGAUUAGAAGUAGUGGUGGCAUGUCCGUAUUGGCACUUAGGGCAGCACCCCACCAGAUAAGUCUUGUCAUAACAAAGAAAAAUAAGAAAAAUCUAUUGUCAAUGGCAAAAUAGUAAAUUAUGGACAUUGUUUUUUGGGGGGGAUAAAUGGUAGGCAUACUUUAUAUAGUACAACAGAGCUAUAAUUUUAUCUCCCUUUUUACAACAAAGCAGACAGACUCAUUGCUAACCCUUUCCCAAUUUUGGGGUGUGCUUUUACGUCCUACAAAAGGAGGGCUUUAGCGCCGUCAGGGUGUGCUAUGUGAUCACAUGCCUUGAAUUGGCUUGAUUGACAGAUUGACUGCAGAAGGACUGCCUAGGUUGUCAGGCAGACCCCCAACAAAAAACUAAUAAUAUCACUUAAUUGUGUGAAAAUUAAACAUACAUAUACAUUUAGAAUGAAAUUACAUGCAUAUUUAAAAUGUUUUUAAUUUUAGUUAUAUUUAUGUAAUAUUGUUACAUAAUGAUGUGAUUUUAUUAAUUACAAUUUUAUAGACCUGCUUUGCAACCAAGGCAGAACAUCCAGAUAAUUUAAUUUGCAAACCAAAGCUGUCCAGGAGGUGGGAGGGUCUGGGAGGGAGGGUCUGCUGCUGAUUGGCUGGAAUGUGUCUGCUGACUGUGAGGUACAGGGUCAAAGUUUACUCAAUGAUGAGUCCGUGGCGAACCGAACUUUUCGGCGAACAGUUCGGGACAUCACUAUUCGUGAGACAUAGCUGAACACAAUGAUGUUUAGUUAAUUGCAGACAAAACUAUUACGACAUUCACAGUUAAACUGCCAUGUAGAACUUGGAAAAUGUCUUAAUUUCUCACACUUUUUUUGAUUUUAUUCAUAUUAAAUUAUAUUUCAUAUAUAAAUAUUUGAUGUGAAAGGAAAUCUUAUUUCUCAUGAACAAAAUUAUUGUAUAUAAUAAGUGUGGGUGCAGUUAAUAUUAAAGAGAUAAAUUAUCGUUUAACAAACAUAUAGUCAUAUUGCAGGUUUUGUUUUUGUUCAGGAUUUGUACAAUUGUCUCUGUCCUUAAAGCGUCACUGUCACCUUCUUAGGACUUUGCAGAAUUUGCAAAGACUCCCGACGGUGACAUUGCCGCAUGUGGCCCAGUGGUAAGGCGACAGGUAAAGAUGAGCUUUAUUUACCUGAUCCUAUUCAUCGCAGGCAGUGGCAUCUUUCUCUGGCAGGUCCUCUUCAACUCCUGAUGCUUCAAAGUAAAAAAAACGACCUCGCUGUUGGAGGACCGCAAAAUCCUCCAUAGACAGACCCAAUUCCUUGCAGCUGCCACUGAUGAAGGCUGGGGGGGAUUGACACUGCUGGACGGUGGUAGCUCCCUCCAUACUUUGUCUCAGUAUAUCUCUUGACUGCAUUGGAAAUUCAUUGAAAUUCCAACACGGUCAAAAUGAAUUUACCAUAAAGAUUCUAUCGUUAUCAAAUACUCUUUUUUCAUGGUGGGCAAACAAAUGUUUGAACUGCUCCUAGUGAUUUCUGAAAUGCUCCAUUUAACUUCUAAUUAGGGCACCAGGACAUUGUGUUCAUAAUAAUGCAAAAGUCUAAGACUCUCAUGUGAACACAUUGCUUAAAUGAACGCUCCAGGCACCAUAAACACAACAUCUUAUCGAGAUAUCUGGAUAGGAGUGUACUGGCACCAUCCCACUGUAAUUAUUCAAGCCAUUUAAGUGCAGUUUUGACAACUUUGCAAGCCAUCUGUAAGCCAGCUGUCCUUUAGAAUAAAACACGGGUGAUACUGAAAUGCGCUCAUGGCCUAAGAUACUCUCAGCCCAUAAGCACGGUCCUGUACAAUUCUAUAAAGCUAAAGGGAUUUUUCUGUGGGUGACUAGAAGCAGGGGCUGCAGGUGCCCAGUGGGACCCAGGCAAGUUGUCAAACUGUACUAAAAUGAUCUGACUACUUACUGUGGGAAGCUGCCAUGACACUAUUGGCACCAUAACCACUACAGCAGUCUGCAACGAUUAUAGUGCUGACAGGUAGAAAAAAGGGGUUGUUACUUUUACAUAUAUGUUUUAUUUCUUUAUUUAUUUUCACCUCUGUACAAUAAAUUGGGGAAUAAAUUAGGAGGCUAUUGAGUACAAGACAAUGUUAAAAUAUUGCACCAAAGACAAAUAGAAACAGACAUGUUUAGGCAUCAAAUUGUGUUUACCUUUAUUCUUGAUUAAUUCUGAUGGCUAAAAUCAACAUUUUAGGUCUAUUCUUUUAACCUGUAUAUUCCUUAAAUAAUUAAGUUUUUAAUUAUUUUUGUAUUUUUGUAUUUUAUAGAACACAGGAGAUGCAGAGACCAUGAAUUUAGUCAUGAAAGCUGUGGACCGAAAUCGUGAUGGAGAAAUUAGCUUUAAUGAGUUCAUCACUUUGGUGUGUGUUAUAGCCAAAUCAUAUAACAGAUACCUGUUAAAAGAAAAUGAAAAAAAUCUACAGUGUGGGCCUCUGCAACAGAGUUCGGAAACGCAGCAACUAGUGGUCAACAAUCAGCAGUCAACCCAAGGAUCAGGUAUUACACAGCAGGCCAUCCAGCAACAGCCACCUACCAUCCAGCAGCAACAAGUGUAUGCCACACAAAUCCCUCAACAACUAGUGCCGACCCAAACAUUAGCUCCACCACAACAGAUACAAGGCCAAGUGUUAAUUCAAACACCAGGACAAAGUCAAGUGCCACUUCAAGCACCUAUUCCAACACAGGAAGUAACAGUGCAACAGGUGCCAUCUCAGUCACCAACUACAGUACAACAGGCACAGCCACAAGGCCAAGUCAAUGUCCAAACAUUACCUCAAAUGCCACUUCAAGCACCACAGACCCAACUACCCUCACAAGUGCAACCUCCGGUAACACAUGUAAUAUUUCCAUGGGCAGCCCUGGAACAAGUCCCUAUAAAACAAGUACCCAUUAAUCUGCCUCAAUUAUCUCCAGCAUCUACUCAAGUCCCUCAUCAACUGACAGCACAAGGCCCAAAUCAAAUAUCACAGCAAGUUCUAGGUCAAAUAUCAAGUCACAUUCAGCAAGAGCAACCUCAAAUUCAAGCACCACUGCAGGUGCCAGUCUUUCAAAUACUUCCUCAGUUCCCAUCUCAGGCACCCUCACAAACACAUCCUCAGCAAACAUCCCAGGCAACCCUUCUACAGACAACAGCCCAGAUACUUCCUCAGCUAUCAACUCAGGCAUUCCCUCAAGCACUUCCUCAGCUGCCACCCCAGGUUCCCCAUCAGGUACUUCCUCAGCUGCCACCCCAGGUUCCCCAUCAGGUACUUCCUCAGCUGCCACCCCAGGUUCCCCAUCAGGUACUUCCUCAGCUGCCACCCCAGGUUCCCCAUCAGGUAUUUACUCAGCUGCCACCACAGGUUCCCCUUCAGGCACCUCCUCAGCUACCACCUCAGAUAAUUACACAAGUGAUUUCACAGCAGACCUCCCCACCUCAGGCACCAACUCAGGUACUUCCUCAUCUACCACCUCUUGCACCUCCACAGCAAACACUCUUGUCACAGGCAAUACCUCAGGCACUUCCUCAGCUGCCACCACAAGCACAACCUCAGUUAUUUCCUCAAAUUACAUCACAGGUCACCACACAGGUGCUUACCCAGCAACCCCUCCCACCUCAAAUACCAUCUGAGGUAGUGCCUCAGUUGCCAACACAAAUAACUACACAAGUGCUUCCUGAACAAACCUUCCCAGCUCAGGUACCAGUACAGGUGCUGCCUCAACUAGCAUCACAGAAACCCUCUCAGUUGACACUACCUCAGCUGAUUCCUCAGGCCUCAGCCUCAUCUCAGGGAAUUCCUCAAUUGCCACCUCAGACAUAUUAUCAGAUUCUUCCUCAACAGCUACUUCAAGUUACACAGCAGUUACCACCUUACCAGUUUUGCCAAUGGGUAUUCGAGAUGCCUAACCAUACCCUAUUGCCAGAAACACCAAUUCAAGUGCCAACACAAACACCAACCCAAGUACCCCAAGCACCAGCUCAAGCUGCACCACAAGUAACACCCCAAGCACCAGCUCAAGCUGCACCACAAGUACCAGUUCAAGCUGCACCACAAGUACCAGUUCAGGUUGCACCCCAAGUGCCUGUUCAACUUCAACAGCAGGUGCCAGCUCCAGUAACACAAAUACCAGCUCAAGUUGCACACCAACUGCCUGUUCAACUUCCACAGCAGGUGCCAGCUGCAACAACCCAAAUACCAGCUCAAGUUGUAUACCAACUACCAGCUCAAGCAAUACCACAAGUACCCUUUCAAAUAUUACCACAUGCACCAAUUCAAGCUGGACCACAAGUACCAGCUCAAGUAACACCCCAAGCACCAGCUCAAGCUGCACCACAAGUCCCAGCUCAGGUUGUACCACAAGCAGCACCUCAAGUUGUACCACAAGUACCAGUUCAGUUUGCACCCCAACUGCCCGUUCAACUUUCACAGCAGGUGCCAGCUGCAACAACCCAAAUACCAGCUCAAGUUGUAUACCAACUACCAGCUCAAGCUAUACCACAAUUACCCUUUCAAAUUGUACCACAUGCACCACUUCAAGUUGGACCACAAGUACCAGCUCAAGUAACACCCCAAGCACCAGCUCAAACUUCACCACAAAUCCCAGCUCAAGUUGUACCACAAGUUGCAUCCCAAGUGCCUGUUCAACUACCACCGCAGGUGCCAGCUGCAACAACACAAAUACCAGCUCAAGUUUCUUCUCAACUACCUGCUCAAAUUUUACCACAAGUAUCCAUUCAAGUUGGACCCCAAGUACCAGCUCAAGUAACACCUCAAGCACCAGCUCAAGUAACACUCCAAGCUCCAGCUCAAGUUACACCCCAAGCACCAACUCAAGCUUCACCACAAGUACCAGCUCAAGUUACACCCCAACUGCCAGUUCAACUUUCACAGCAGGUUCCAGCUCCAGUAACACAAAUACCAGCUCAAGUUGUACCACAAGUAUCAGCUCAAGCUGCACCACAAGUACCAGCUCAAGUAACACCCCAAGCACAGGUUCAAGGUGCAACACAGGUACCAGUUCAAGCUGUACCACAAGUAGCACCUCAAGCUGCAUCCCAAGUGCCAGUUCAACUUACACCGCAGGGGCCAGUUCCAGUAACACAAAUACCAGCUCAAGUUGUAUUCCAACAAUCAGCUCAAGCCAUACCACAUGUAACCACUCACAUUGUACAACAAGCACCAAUUCAAGUUUUGCCACAAGUACCAGCUCAAGUAACACCCCAAGCACCAGCUCAAGCUGUACAACAAGUAGCGCCUCAAGUAGUUACUCAAGUUCCACCCCAAGUGCCAACUCAGCUUCCACCUCAGGUGUCAGCUUCAGUAACACCACAAGUGCCAGUACAAGUCAUAACUCAAGUACCAGCCCAGGCUGUACCACAGGCAUCUUCUCAAAUUGUAACACAAUCACAAACUCAAGUUCCACCCCAGGCGCUUGCUCCCGUAACAUCACAAGUACCAGUUCAAUUUGUACCCCAAGUACCAACUCAAUUUGCAGCACAAGUGCCAAUUCAAUUUGUAUCACAAGCAACAGUUCAAGGUUCACCCCAAGAGUCAGCUGCAGUAUUAUUUCAAGUACCAAUUCAAGGCAUACCACAAUUAGCAGCUCAAGUUCUAACCCAGGUGCCAACAUCCACAACAACACAAGUACCACCUCAAUAUAUACCGCAAAUACUAACUCAAAUGGCACCACAAAACCAAACUCAAGUUUCAUCCCAAGAGCCAGCUCAGGUUAUAUCACAAGCACCUGCUCAAGCUGCAGCCCAACAGCAUAUUAUAGUUCCACAACAACUACCCACUCAAGUUGCAUCCCAAGUAUCAGCUCAGGUUGCACAGCAAUUACCAGUUCCAGUAACAUCACAAACACCUGGUCAGGUUACACACCAAUUUCCAGCUCAGGUUAUGCCACUAGGACCAGCUCAAAUUCCAUUCCAGUUGCCAAAUCAAGUCCCACAAGUAACAGCUCAAGUUAUACCCCAGGUACCAGUUCAGGUUGUCCCACAGUUUUCUGCUCAAGUUAUACCCCAGGUUCCAGCUCAGGUUGUACCACAAGUUCCAGCUCAAAUAAUAUCUCAAGUACCACCUCAGGCUGUACCACAAGUUCCAGCUCAAAUCGCACCUCAAGCACCAGCUCAAGCUGUAACUCAAAUACCAGUUCAGGUUCCUUCACAAGUUUCAUCACAAGUUAUACCCCAAGUACCAGUUCAGGUUGCACCACAAGUUUCCGCUCAGGUAAUACCCCAAGUACCAGCUCAGUUUGUAACACAAGUACCAGCUCAAGUUCCAUAUCAAGUACCAGCUCAGGUUGCACCACAAGUUCCAGCUCAAAUAACACCUCAAGUGCCUGCUCAGGUUAUACCCCAAGUACCAGCUCAGUUUGUAACACAAGUACCAGCUCAAGUUCCAUAUCAAGUACCAGCUCAGAUUGCACCACAAGUUCUAGCUCAAAUAACACCUCAAGUGCCUGCUCAGGUAAUACCCCAAGUACCAGCUCAGUUUGUAACACAAGUACCAGCUCAAGUUCCAUAUCAAGUACCAGCUCAGGUUGCACCACAAGUUCCAGCUCAAAUAACACCUCAAGUGCCUGCUCAGGUUAUACCCCAAGUACCAGCUCAGUUUGUAACACAAGUACCAGCUCAAGUUCCAUAUCAAGUACCGGCUCAGAUUGCACCACAAGUUCUAGCUCAAAUAACACCUCAAGUACCUGCUCAGGUUAUACCCCAGGUACCAGCUCAGUUUGUCACACAAGUACCAGCUCAAGUUCCAUAUCAGGUACCAGCUCAGGUUGCACCACAAGUUCCAGCUCAAAUAACACCUCAAGCGCCUGCUCAGGUUAUACCCCAAGUAUCAGCUCAGUUUGUAACACAAGUACCAGCUCAAGUUCCAUAUCAAGUACCAGCUCAGGUUGCACCACAAGUUCCAGCUCAAAUAACACCUCAAGUGCCUGCUCAGGUUAUACCCCAAGUACCAGCUCAGUUUGUAACACAAGUACCAGCUCAAGUUCCAUAUCAAGUACCGGCUCAGAUUGCACCACAAGUUCUAGCUCAAAUAACACCUCAAGUACCUGCUCAGGUUAUACCCCAGGUACCAGCUCAGUUUGUUACACAAGUACCAGCUCAAGUUCCAUAUCAGGUACCAGCUCAGGUUGCACCACAAGUUCCAGCUCAAAUAACACCUCAAGUGCCUGCACAGGUUAUACCCCAAGUAUCAGCUCAGUUUGUAACACAAGUACCAGCUGAAGUUCCAUAUCAAGUACCAGCUCAGGUUGCACCACAAGUUCCAGCUCAAAUAACACCUCAAGUGCCUGCUCAGGUUAUACCCCAAGUUCCAUCUCAGUUUGUAACACAAGUACCUGUUCAAUUUGCACCUCAAAUACCAACUCAGGUGGUACCACAAUUUCCAGUUAAAGCUGCACCCCAAGUAUCAGCUCAAGUUGUAACACAAGUACCAGCUGAAGUUCCAUAUCAAGUACCAGCUCAGGUUGCACCACAAGUUCCAGCUCAAAUAACACCUCAAGUGCCUGCUCAGGUUAUACCCCAAGUACCAGCUCAGUUUGUAACACAAGUACCAGCUCAAGUUCCAUAUCAAGUACCGGCUCAGAUUGCACCACAAGUUCUAGCUCAAAUAACACCUCAAGUAACUGCUCAGGUUAUACCCCAGGUACCAGCUCAGUUUGUCACACAAGUACCAGCUCAAGUUCCAUAUCAAGUACCAGCUCAGGUUGCACCACAAGUUCCAGCUCAAAUAACACCUCAAGUGCCUGCUCAGGUUAUACCCCAAGUUCCAUCUCAGUUUGUAACACAAGUACCUGUUCAAUUUGCACCUCAAAUACCAACUCAGGUGGUACCACAAUUUCCAGUUAAAGCUGCACCUCAAGUGCAAGCUCAAGUUGUAACACAAGUACCAGCUCAAGCUUUACCCCAAGUACCAUUUCAGGUUGUGCCACAAUUUCCAGCUCAGGUUGCAACUCAAAUACCAGUUCAGGUAGCACCACAAGUUUCACCCCAAGUACCUGCUCAGGUUAUAACACAAGUACCAGCUCAAGCUUUACCCCAAGUAUCAGCUCAAGUUUUACCCCAGGAACCAGUUCAGGUUGUGCAACAAGUUCCAGCUCAGGUUGCAACUCAAAUACCAGCUCAAGUAGCACCACAAGUUUCAGCUCAAGUUAUACCCCAAGUCCCAGCUCAGUUUGCACCUCAGGUUCACUUUAUACCCCAAGGACCAGCCCAGGUAGCACCACAGGUACCAGCUCAAGUUGCACCUCAAGUCCCAGCUCAGGUUGCUCCACAGGUUUCAGCUCAAGUUAUACCCCAAGUACCAGCUCAGGUUGCAUCUCAAGUCCCAGCUCAGUUUGCAACUCAGGUUCAUGUUAUACCCCAAGGACCAGCCCAGGUAGCACCACAGGUACCAGCACAAGCUGCACCUCAAGUCCCAGCUCAGGUUGCAGCUCAAAUAACACCUCAAGUACCUGCUCAGGUUAUAACACAAGUACCAGCUCAAGCUUUACCCCAAGUAUCAGCUCAAGUUUUACCCCAGGAACCAGUUCAGGUUGUGCAACAAGUUCCAGCUCAGGUUGCAACUCAAAUACCAGCUCAAGUAGCACCACAAGUUUCAGCUCAAGUUAUACCCCAAGUCCCAGCUCAGUUUGCACCUCAGGUUCACUUUAUACCCCAAGGACCAGCCCAGGUAGCACCACAGGUACCAGCUCAAGUUGCACCUCAAGUUCCAGCUCAGGUUGCUCCACAGGUUUCAGCUCAAGUUAUACCCCAAGUACCAGCUCAGGUUGCAUCUCAAGUCCAAGCUCAGUUUGCAACUCAGGUUCAUGUUAUACCCCAAGGACCAGCCCAGGUAGCACCACAGAUACCAGCGCAAGCUGCACCUCAAGUCCCAGCUCAGGUUGCAGCUCAAGUUAUACCCCAAGUAACAUCUCAGAUCACCCACCAAGUACCAACUCAGGUCUCUAACCAAGCACCAGCUGUGGUAACAACCCAAGCACCUACCAAGUUAUCACUCCCAGUUUACCGAUGUGCAUGGGACCCCUCGACAGGAAAAUGGAUUAUCCAGCAAUACAAUUAAAGAAUAACGUGCUAGAGCUGCAAAACUUUUGUGAGUUAUUGUAUGCCAAUUAUUUUUCUGAGAAGUAACAUAGGAAACCCUUAUUGUCUUCAAAGCAAUAAAAGUUAAUGCUAAAUUAA